CCCCGCGCUCCCGUUUGCCGGGCGCGCCCCCGCGCGCAGCCGCACUGCCCCAAAACACUUCGUCGCUCACGUCGGAGGAGCCGCUUCCGUUUCCAACGCCGCAUUCCGGCCACACCUGUCCCUGCCCGUGCCCGGCUCGCUGCGCCGCCCGACCCGCUCGGAGGAGGACCCCGCGCCCUGCCGCCCCGUCAGGCCAUGUCCGAGGAGGAUUACAUAUGUGUGAAGUCUGAAGAUGAUGUUGAAGCAGUGAUUAUGGACCACGGAGAACACGGAUUGUCUACAGAAAGCUGCAUGUCAGUUGAACAAAACUGUGAAGCAAACAGUGCUAUUCACCACGUCCGUCAACUUGCCUAUGGAGGCGAAGGCUUACCAGUGCUAACUGAUCAAAUGGCGUCACAAAUGAGCCGUUCUACGAUGAUGCAGAGAGGAAACAGUCACAGCCCUGAAAAAGUGGAUUUUGUGGUUGUGCGUAAUAAAAGAAAACGAAUUUGUCCUACUGUAGUGGAACAGAACGUGAUGAGAACCAGGGAAGAAGAAUAUGAAGAUAGUGACAGCGUCAUUUAUGAGUAUGAACCAGACUAUGAACGUGAGAGUAUUGUAUCUGAAGCUUCCUAUGCUGGAUAUGAGCAGAUUACACUUAUGGAGGUCCUCAGUUAUUGCCAGGCCAUGUAUGAUGCCAUUCAGAAAUUGGAUAAAAAAUUUGACAUGCUUCAUCGAAAGGUCUCAGAAAUGCAGCAUACUCGUGUAAAGCCACUGUUGCUCAAACCUAAACCAGUUGGAUUUACAUACAGAAGUUCCAGUCAUUUGCCCCAAGGAAAAAUAAGAGUACAAAAGUCCAUGGAAAGGGACUUAAGUCUUCAUCUCUCUUCACCAGGCCAGGGAAGGCGUAGUCCAAUUGUAAGGGUUCCUUUACAAAAUGGCCAUGCUCAAGUCAAUUCCACAGUAAAACAUGCUCAGCAGAGUUUUCAGUUUGAAUCACAGCAGCCUGUUGGUAGGCAGAGCCCACCACUCCCCACUAUAGUUUCAACACAUUCAUUGCAUUCAUCAUACACAGCAACUAAUGAGAUGCCUGACCUUUCACCACAAUCAAAUCUUGCACCCAGUAUUGUGGAAAGUACUGUCAACGUUGCAUCUUCACCAGUGGCAUCAUCAACAGUGCCAGCACCAUCUGAGCCCAGUCAAGAAAAUAAUGCUGUGGUAGAGAACUGCAGAAACGCAUCUGGGGAUGUGAAUAUCAGUGAAGAGCUACCAUCUUCCUCAGUCUUCAUUGACCCUAGCCUUGAGUUUGUUGGUGACCCAGUGAGAAAUGUGAAAGUUCUUGGAAACGAUUUGGUGAAGGCUCGGCAAAAGACUAAACCGAAGUACGCCGCGCGCCACCUGGUUCGUGUCCUGUUCCCCAAGAAAACACUGCUAUGCAGCGUUAUGGGAGCGAGCGCACGAGGGCGCAGGACAUUGGAUCCAAACAAAAUUGCUGCAAUAAGAGAAUUUCUGGCAGCUAACUUUCCAACCUAUGAUUUGAGUGAGCAUGGAAAAGAUUGGAAAACCUGUAUCACAAAUGUCAACUCUAUGAUCCGCUGUCUACGCUCUGAAACAAAAACAAACUCAGGAGGUUCUCUGAAGAAGACAGCUGAAGGGAAAGAAAAAGUGACUGAUGCUCCAGAUACAUCUCAUUGUGUAGAUUUAAGUCAUAAUGAAGAUAGUGGAGGCAACUCACAAAACUGUCAGAAAAUGACCAGCUCCACAACUGACACUUCACGGAAUUCAGGAUUGGAUAAGUUUCCAGAAGCUUUCUACACUUCUUCAACCAGGAAACAGCAGUCUUUGGAACCUAUGGAACCUCUUGGGAGCCCAUGGCGCAAUGUCCAGUUGCCUUUCUCAGUCAUUUAUGUAGCCAAGGGGAAGACACGGCCGGAGCUGUCAGCUCGCUACCUAAUUCGUCAUAUGUUCACUGAAGAUGUGCUGGUAAAAAGCAAUGUAUAUGGUAGUCUUGAUCGUGGCAUGAGCCCCCUGGAUUCUAACAAAAUUAAUGCUCUCAGAGACUUCCUUCAAGAGAAUUUUCCAUCCUUUGAUCUAAAUGAAAGUGGAUUUGAUUGGAAGGCAUGUGUGGCUGCCAUAAACAGCACAAUCCGCAGUCUCAGACAUGAGCUUAAAAAGGCUACGGUUGGAAUGCGCCAGAGAGCCCUGGCAGGGCUGUCAUCGAGUGCAGAGUCCUCCAAGGAAUCCCGCUUCAGUAAAGCCAAUGAAAAGUAGCACUUGUCAUGUCAUGGAUUGAAGCCUUCUACAUCUGUCUUGAAUCUUAAUUCAUCAGGUUUUUAUAAAUUCUAUGUAGAAGCCUGUAAAAUUGAGUUGUCCCAUUAAACUGAAUUGUCGGCAGUUAAUAGUAUGGCUUCAUGAGACCAAAGUUAGCAGAAGACUUGGGAACCCUAACUCCCUCUGUAAGUAGCAUUUGUGCUCCUCAGAAAUUACUUUCACUGUUCCCUGUAGCAUUUGCAAUGUGGUCUAUCUUAAAAGCAUCUUUUCAUGAUUCAUUGAAUCUGAAAGAUUAUUCUGAUUAGAAAAGACACACUGUGCAUCAGGUCAGCAGAAGCAGAUGGAAAAGAGGAGAAGAAAGAAUGGUCCACCCUGGAGGAUGAAUCAUAGCCAGCUAAGUUAUCUAAGUAUGUGUGAGGAAUGAAAUUUGCUUUGACAAUUGGAUAUUUUAAGCAAAAAUAUCAGAAAGGAAAAAUAUGUUUAAUUGCAUUUAGUUAACUUGUAUCUAGACUUGAUCUUGGAGGUGUUUUCCAACCCUAAUGAUUCUAUUUGCCUCCUGUA